CCCUUUUCCCCAACCCGUCGCCCCAGCCAUCCCAAAACUGCGCACGCGGCGGCGGCAGCAGCCAUGUACACCAGCACCAGCUCUGCUGCCGACGAGCGAGUGUACUGCCCGGAGUGCCACCGCGCGACGGAGGUUGUGCUCGACCACGCCACCGGCGACACAAUCUGCACCGAGUGCGCGCUGGUUCUCGACGCGCACUACAUCGACGAGUGUUCCGAGUGGCGCAACUUCGCGGACGACGGCGGCGGCGACGACCGCGACCCCAGCCGCGUCGGCGCGUCCAGAGACCCCUUCCUCAACGCUAAACUCUCCACGGUCAUUGUCUACUCCAACAAGUCCUCCGCCACCGGCGUGGGGGCCAACGCCCUGCCGAGGAUGUCGGUGCGCGAUGCCGACGCUAGCGCGGCGUCCGAAAACACCCUCGUCGACGGCUUCCGCGGCAUCGCUGACAUGGCCGACCGGCUUGGACUCGUGGCCACGAUCCGGGACCUGGCCAAGGAGACGUUCAAGAAGCUGUACGAUGCCAAGGGCUCCCCUCGCGGCCGGAAGCGGGACGCCGUCUACGCUGCCUGCCUCUACAUCGCCUGCCGCAACCUCGGCAUGCCACGCACGUACAAGGAGCUCGCCUCCGUCACCGCUGGGGGCGCGGAAUCGAAGAAGGACAUUGGCAAGAUGACGACACACAUCAAGAGGCUCCUUGGGGAGGAGGACGGCCAGGUGAUGGACAUCGGCGUCGUGAGCGCCUCCGACUACCUGCGCCGCUUCUGCUCCCGGCUCGGCCUGGGAAACCAGGAGGUGCGCGACGCGCAGGAGGCAGUGCGGAAGGUCGAGGAAGGCCUCGACGUGCGCCGCAACCCGGAGUCCGUCGCCGCCGCCAUCAUCUACAUGGUUGUGCAGCGUGCUGGCGCCGGCAGGUCCGUCAAGGACGUGUCCGUGGCCACCGGCGUCGCCGAGGGCACCAUCAAGGAGGCGCACAAAGACCUCAGUCCGCACGCCCAGAUGCUCUUCGGCUGAUCCUGAGCGCCCACGAUAUUAACGCUUCUUGAUCCUUUGGCUGUUUGGCAGCGCGAGCUUGCACAUGCAAUCAUGUUUGCCGUGGCCAAAAUUCCAAACGUGUGCUGUUGUUGGCAACUAUAUAUCUUAGUCUUGGACAUGUGAAGUUUCUGUUGGACUUCGUUUCUAAGUGCUGAAUCAUUCGUGAAUGAAUCUGUGCUUCGAUCGAUCGUUUCAACCGAUUAAACUCA